AUGACAAGAGAGGUUGUCGUCCCUCCUCUGUUUUAUCCUCCCAUCCAAACCAAUCCCCCGCCUCUAUAUUAUCCUCCCAUCCAAACCACCCCCUCGCCCUCUCCUCCCAAUCCCCAGAUAUACAACAGCCCAGGUGUCUUCUUGGACCUGCCGGAAUCCCUCCUGUUGGCUUCUGAUCCUUAUUGUAUCAGUUUCUACAUUAGAAGGUACUUGUGUUUCGAUGAUGAGUUCUCAAUCAUGGCUUAUGUUGUUGAUACCGUAACCUCCUUCCCGGAAGGAUGGGUUGAUGCUUUUACAAGUCUCGGAAUCACCAUCAUUCCCCGACAAGCGGAACUAGGUGCUCGAGCUCAUAAAAUGUCACUGGACAUUGUUUUGUGGGCGUUGGAUAAUACUGCCACCUAUUUCCAACCAAGAGAUUUGUUUGUUUUCUCUGGAAAUGUCAAAGAAGGAACAGAUUUCUACAAUGCUCUUGAAGCUUUGCGUGAUAGAUAUUACAAUGUUCGUGUAGUACCUCAUCUCGAAACGUGUUGGCCUCAUCCCCAUCACCAAAUGUCUUUAGACCAUUGGCCGAAAGAGGUGGUUGUUGGUUUUUCCCAUGGAGUAGCUUCUUUGUGUAAGCAAAAUUUAAAAGUGUGCGGGGUAUUCGUCUUCUGGGAUGUCCAGGGUUGCCCAACUGAUUUAUUGGUUAUCCUCCAAGCUCUUCGCAAAAAAGGUUAUCGUGGCAAGGUGCUUUUAAUUCCUUACCUUGACAUGGAUUAUCAAGGAGAUGAGCUCUUUACGUAUGAUGGCUAUGCCUGUGUUCCCAGUAUCAAAGUCCAAGGGGAUAAAUACACAAAAGUUGCUAGGAUGUUGUUGGAUAUACUUUUCUUGGCAAUGAACCAUGAUAAUCAUGCACGAAAUUUGAUGCUUAUCUCACAACCUUCAAAAGACAUCGACAUUUUUGUUCAAGCCUUGGAACGCAGAUUUUUCAAUGUUAUCUUUAAACCCUCCCAUGAGGUCGCCAUUGACCACCGCUUCGAGUCGCUUUGUAAAAGCCCACCACACCCUAACUCCCAGACCCCCCUAAAGUCACCAUGUCGGACGCUCACCGACUUGAGCCGAGAGCGCAAAUCGUGUCCGGUCCGCAUCUCCUGGUUGGUAGACACUUGCCCAUCUAAGCCAUCUGAUUUUUGUAACUUAUUCAGUUCAACUCUUGAGCUUAAAGGUUAUGGUGGUUUUGAGUCAGUGACAGCCUAUGUUGAAAAGGGAAAGACUUCUGAUGAAGUGAUCAAGGUCUGCACGAAGUCAGGACUUCAGGUGAGACUCACACCUGAUGGUGACGAAUUCGGGAAAUUCAAUUUGAUGGUAACGGACAUGAUUAACUGGACAUAUGCUUGUGGGCCCUAUAACUUUUUGGUUAUCUCCUCCAAACCCUUUAGAGAUGUCUUGUGCGACAGUGUCUUUGAAGAUCUUAAAAGCAGAGGAUGCAAUGUUCUCUUUGAGACGGUUGAUUACAUGCUCACGUUUGGAAGCACUCUAUGGUCUGCAAAAAGCUUUUCAGAUACAAGUUUCACCGACAGCUCACAAGCGCUUGCUUAAGUAGCA